UUCCUGAUCCAGAUGUAUUUAAACCGCCUGUUUUACCUAGGAGUAGGAGAAUCAGACCUUCAUCUCUCAAUGGCAGAUUACUAGUGAUUUGUUCCAGAAUUACUACAUGGACUGAACAAUUCUGUAUUGAGGGAAUGCGAUUGUUGCCUGGUUUAUGAGGCUUCCGAGCUAUCGAUUUCCUUCAUCUUCUCUACUACCGGGCUGGGGGGGGAUAAGAUGUAUGUUUUUGCAUUCUUUUUUUUGUGAUUAUAGAAUGCUAAUCUCGUAUAAAGUUUGUCCUUUAGAAGUAUCAAAUACAUACGACCAUAGGAAGUGGAAAAUAGGGCUUCCCGUCCGCUCAGCCGUACUCAAGCCACUUGCCGGUCAGUUAGUAGUAUGGUGGGUGACCACAUGCGAAUCCUGACUGUUGUAUGUUUUUUUUUUUGACCUCAACCCCCCUCAACCGUCGGUACGAAGACCGACGGCUUGGGGCAC